CCCCAAGAGAUCGGACACAUUACCCGGCAGGUCCAGCAACAUGUUUGAGGUGCCAUUGCCUCUGGAUCGAGAUGGGAUCCUCUUCCGGCUCCGCUUUACCACCCUGGCUGUCGGGACCGUGUGUUGCCCGCUGUUUGGAUUCCUUUUCUGCGUGAUCUGGUCUCUGCUGUUCCACUUCCAGGAAACGACAGCUACUCACUGCGGUGUCCCCAAUUACCUCCCCUCCAUCAGCGCCGCGAUUGGCAGCGAGACCCCUCAGCGCUACGUGUGGCGUCUCUGCAUUGGCCUCCACUCCGCGCCCCGCUUCCUGGUGGCCAUCGCGUACUGGAACCAUUACCACAGCUGUCACUGCGUGCACCCUCGCUACCCACGGCUCUGCCGCAUCAACUUCACCCUCAACGUGCUCGAAAACGUCGCCCUCCUUUUGCUGACGUACGUGUCUUCCUCGGAAAACUAUGCAAUCCACGAAAAUUCCUUCAUCCUCUUUAUCACCUCGGCCCUGGGUCACAUGCUCCUGACUUGCAUUCUGUGGCGGAUGACUAAGAAACACACAGUAAGUCCCGAGGAGCGCAAGUCCUACAAGUGGAAGCUGCUGCUCUUCCUCUUUAACCUCGUCACGUUCUCCUUGGCCGUGUGCGUCUACUUCCACCACAACUGGUACUGCGAGGCCGGAGCCUAUACCAUCUUCGCUUUCCUGGAGUACCUGGUCGUCCUUUCCAACAUGGCUUUCCACAUGACCGCCUGGUGGGACUUCGGCAACAAAGAGCUGGUGGUCAGCUCCCAGCCAGAAGACAAACGUUUCUAGGGCGGCCUCGUUGCCCGAGCUGCCGACGGCCUCUGGAGUCCUGCAGUUGGUGCGAGUGUUGGGGCCAGAUGAGCUACCGGCUCCUGGGAGCAACGCUGGGCAGGGAGGGCCGUGAUGUGCCUCGAGAGGAAACCAAAAGCGUCCUUCGUUGAGACAUCGCCAGGACCUCCCUGUGCUUGCGCUGCUGCGGCCAGGAUCCUGUUAAAAAUGCCUCCAAAAAUACCGAAGGGUGGGGAUUGUAGGGGAGUGGGAUGAUUACGCACAAAUAACACAGCAGCCUCUCCAUGGAUCUGUCAUUCCUCUCAAGUGCCAGGACAGGAGCAGUUAGUGGGAGCCGAGGGGGCAGGACCCAGGUGAGUCGACGGGGUAAGAUGUUGGUCCGUGUGGCUAGGAAUCCUUCUUCUGCAAGGCCGACUGAUGCAGGGAUGGGAUCUUCUUUACUGCCCUGCCCGACUCAGCACAGCACCUUUCCCGCACCUGCUGCCUCACCAGGGCUCUGGCCGUAGCCCCAGACUCUCGGCAGGAACCACCACGGGUAACAGUCAUGUGCUGAUUGACAGUGGACAUUCCUUGCUGUGGCCCUGGGAUUGGAACAGGAGUUCUCCAGAGGGAGGGUCUCCGCUGAGCUCCUGACCCCCACUUCCGCUUCCCAGUAUUCCCUUUCAAGGGAACAAGAUGGAAGGAAAGGCUGAGAAUACUGGAGGAAAACCCCUUGCAAGGCAUUCAGUGUUGCUCAUUCUCAGCACCUUGACAGCAGAGGCCAAGGCAUAACUUCCAGUUCCCCUUCACUCAGACAUCUCCUUGAGGGGUUGCUGAAGCAUGACCUGGUCCCUUUUUCUGCACUGCCUUGGGCUGGCUAUUCCUCCGUGUGUUUUCUCCCCCCUCCAGUCCAACAGGUCGGCUUUGUUCACCCUGCACAAUCCCUGGCCAAGGCCUCCAAAGGUGCUGUGACAGAGUGCUGAGGCCCGACAGAUGGGCCAACACUCUGAUCGUUUCCCGUGUGACGACUACUUGAGGAGGUAGGGAGGAAUUAGCUAAUCAGGUUGGGAGGCGGGCUGAGAUAGGGAAUUACUUGGAUAAAAGGCAGGGAGGCCGUGUUGGAGUGGCAGGAGACGGGGCUAGAGCUGUGCCUAGAUUGAAGGAGAUCCCAAGGAAGAGAGAUCUGGUUUCCUCCCGGGGCCCUGCUGAACAGGGGCUGAAGGCAAGAGAGUCGUAGAGCUUAGGCGGGGUGGAGGGGUGUUGGUGGAGGGGACUUGAAUAAAUUAUACAGAGUGGACACUAAGAGAGCCUGAGCAAUUCCUGGGCGGCCAAGGAUGGGGGGGAUAUGCCCCCAUCACAGGUGGGACUAGUGACUGCAGGGGGAGGGGGCUCAACCUUCAAUGGGCCAGAAGCCCAAAGUGCAGAGCACCUGGCUUCUGAGAGAUGUUCCCCUUUAAGGCCUUUCAGGUUGAGCACCCAAAAAAGUAAGAUGUCCCCCCCCAUCCCCUCCCCAAUCACUAGUUCCUCUUGGAAAUCUUGCCCCUUGGCUCCUAGGAACCGUCAGCGUGAGCAAGUGCUUGAGGCAGGUCUGAGCUGCAGAGACCGGGUCUGGAUCCGAACUUGUGCCGUUGGGAUGUGGGGCUCCAGGUUGGGCCCCUCUCUCGGAGAUGCGGUGCCUCCAGCUGACCAGGCACGACCGCAGAGGGUGAAGCCAGGGGGUAAGGAGCGAAGCCCAGCCCAGCCAGACGGGUAUCUCCUCGACCACCCUCCCAGGGCCGUCACUGGUCUCCUUGUGCACAGCUGGGUCCCAUCCUCGCCUGGGGCACUGCAGCUUGGCUGGCUGUUUGGAAGAGGAGCUGUAAUCCCAGGAUAUACAGGGCCAUAGUCUCCCUGCUACACUGGGGUAGCUGGACUGGCUUCAGUGGAGCGGCUCCUGAUUUACACAGUAUCAGCGAGGGGGAGCUGGAGGGGCACUGCUGUAGCUUCCUGGAUUUCGCGGAGGACAAGGUCUUAUUUUGGAGGGUUGGAAGCACAGCGCAUCACCCCGGCGGCACCUACGAGAGCCCACCCUUCGUGGGCAAGCCCCUGUCUUAUGAGACCGCCCCAAAGUCUCUCCAGGUGGGUUGAGUAGAGCAGUGCUCCACCUCCAUUAGCGCGCCCGCCUCCAGGCAGCGGUGGCUUUUCGUGGGGCUGUUGAGUGAUGCUACCAGGCAGGUUUCCACGUGGUUUGGGGAGAGGGGGCAGUCCCAGAUCCCUGGUCGUGUCCAUUUCAGUGCAGGUGCCCAUGUGCAGGCAAGGGCCAGCUGGGAGAUUCUGGCGGUUCCAUCUCCCCAGCUGCAUCGGACCCAGGCUCAGUGCCGGCGGCAAAGGCUGUGGGUAGCGUCGCUCUGACUCCUUUGGCGGGUGUGAAUUUAGUGCGGCUGGAGUGAGAGCCCCAGGGACCAGAUGCUCCUGCUCGCCCGAGCCGGGGUCCAAGCCAAGCAGUGCCAGGGCCUGCUCCCUCCCUUGCUCUGCCAACGUGCCUCGGCCCUG